AUGGCGUACAAUCUAUGCGCUUCGCCCUCUUCUCUCUACCAACCACUCUGCAACUCGCUCUCUUCUCCGUCCCGAGACCCAAAACCAAAGCCCUCAACCCAUUCUUUCAUAAAGCUCCCAACUUUCCCGCCUCAAUCGAAACCUUUUUCGCUCCUGCAGCUCACCACAACGCACGUCUCUCUACACGACGCAGUCCAGCAGCAAUCCGAAAAGGAGGAGGAAAAUGCCAGAGACACAAAUGGAAAAGCAGUUGGGACUUCGUCCAAAUCCUACGUCUGGGUGAAUCCUAGAAGCGCCAGAGCUUCCGAGCUCCGCAGGAAGUCAUACGACGCUAGGUAUUCUUCUCUCGUUAAAGCCGCCCAGGAUUUGAAUUCGUGCGAGGCGAACGAGGUGGAAGUUUCCAGAGUUUUGAAUGGGUUAGGACAUAAUUUGUUGGAGCAGGAUGCGGUGGUUGUGGUCAAUAACAUGACGAACCCUGCAGCGGCUUUGCUUGCGAUGAGGUAUUUUAGGGAUAAGUUGAAGUUCAAUCGGGAGGAGGUUAUGUAUAAUGUGACGAUGAAGGUGUUGAGGAAGUGUAGGAAGAUGAGUGAAGCCGAGGAGCUGUUUGAUGAAAUGCUUCAGAGAGGGGUGAAGCCGGAUAAUGUCACGUUUUCGACAGUGAUUAGCUGUGCUAGGCUUUGUAAUUUGCCUGAGAAAGCCGUGGAGUGGUUUGAGAAGAUGUCCAGCUAUGGGAUAACACCAGAUGAUGUCACUUAUUCCACCAUGAUUGAUGCUUAUGGCCGAGCUGGCAAUGUGGAAAAAGCUUUAAACUUGUAUGAUCGUGCUCGGGCGGAGAAAUGGAGACUUGAUGCUGUAACAUUUUCAACGUUGAUAAAGAUUUAUGGUAUUUCCGGGAACUAUGAUGGAUGCUUGAAUGUUUACGAGGAAAUGAAGGCUCUUGGCGUUAAACCAAACGUGGUCACCUUCAACACUUUGCUGGAUGCCAUGGGAAGAGCCAAGAGGCCAUGGAAGGCCAAGAUACUCUACAAGGAGUUGAUCGAUUCUGGACUUACCCCAACUUUCGCCACCUACGCAGCUCUAAUGCGUGCUUAUGGUAGAGCUCGAUAUGGAGAGGAUGCUCUCAUCGUGUAUAGGGAGAUGAAGGAGAAAUCCAUGGAAUUAAAUGUAGUUCUCUACAACACUUUGUUGUCAAUGUGUGCUGAUCUUGGAUAUGUCGAUGAAGCUUCCAGGAUUUUCGAGGACAUGAAGAGCUGUAAAGUGGAGCCUGAUAGUUGGACAUUCUCAUCUUUAAUCACCAUAUUUUCAUGCAGCGGCAGAGUGUCUGAGGCAGAGAAGGCUUUGAAUGCUAUGGUGGAAGCUGGUUUCGAGCCUAAUCUUUUUGUUCUCACCUCAAUGAUCCAGUGCUAUGGUAAAGCUCAGCAAACCGAUGAUGUCGUCAAGACCUUUAACCAACUCCUCGAGUUAGGAAUUACUCCAGACGACAGGUUCUGUGGGUGCCUUUUAAAUGUGGUCACUCAAACUCCUAUGGAAGAGCUCGGUAAGCUUGUUGAAUGUGUCGAGAAGGGUAACCCUAAGCUUGGUUCUGUGGUGAAACUUCUGGUACAAGAAAACCAUGACGGGAACUUCAAGGAGCAAGCAGCUGAGCUGUUUACCUCAGUUGCUGCUGAUGUGAAGAAGGCUUACUGCAACUGCCUAAUUGAUCUGUGUGUGAAUCUCAACUCAUUGGAGAGAGCUUGCGAGUUGCUGGACUUAGGACUAACACUGGAGAUCUAUACAGACAUACAGUCAAAGUCGACAACUCAGUGGUCUCUAUAUUUGAAGAGUCUAUCACUUGGGGCAGCUCUAACUGCCCUACACGUUUGGAUAAACGACUUGACCAAAGCAGUGGAAUCUGGAGAAGUACUACCACCAGUACUAGGAAUCAAUACCGGGCAUGGGAAACACAAGUACUCGGACAAGGGAUUAGCUAGUGUAUUUGAGUCGCACUUGAAGGAGCUGAAUGCUCCAUUUCAUGAAGCUCCUGAUAAGGUCGGUUGGUUUCUAACGACCAAGGUUGCUGCCGAAGCUUGGUUGGAAGCCAGAAAGGAAGCUGAAGUAGUAGCUGCUGCCUAG